CUUGAAGAAGAUUAUAGGUUAGAAGGUAUAUCUGGUGAUGAUUUGAUAGGCAAAGAAAUAAAAUGCUCAGAUUUGCAAUUUCGGUAUAAAGGAAAAUGGCGAAGCUUAGAUGGUAUCAAAGUAAUAGAUUUUCAAAUUCGCAAAAAUCUAUCAUUUGAUUUGGUGCUAGGACAGGAUUGGUUAUGGAUGCGCAAAGCAAAAAUUAGCUUUGGAUUUUCUCUGGAAAAUUGUAAGUGCUAUGCUAAAAUUGAGAUAGAUGAUAUGAGUAUCCCAUUAAUCGAAGAAGAUAGCAAAUCUACAGGUGACUCUUCGAGCCAUAAAGCUAGCUCCACUAAAAAUAACUUAUCUAUUGCAGAGCAGGCCGUAUUGCGAUUCUCCAAAUCAUGGGACUUUGUCUCUAAAUCAACAGAAUCUGAAUCUGGUCUAGCUCAAAUGGAGGUUAUAAAUAUAAUUAACAAAAUUUCCUCAAAUACUGAAGAUAGACUUGAAGGGUCAUUGUUUUAUAAUAAUAAGCAACGAAAGAAAUGUCAUGGAAUAUUUCACAACAAAUCUGAAACAGAGACUGAUUCAUCCAGCUCCGAUUCAGAAUCCACAGAUUCAGACUGGUAUAAUCUCGACCCAAUAAAACCCUGA